CUAGCCGGGAGAAAUGUCAAUAACAUAACCUAAACCUAAAAACUUGUUCAAUAAUUAAUGGUAUUCAUAGUUAGAUUAGUGUAUCAUCAAUAUAAAACAGUUAUUUAGUAAUACAAAGAUUAAUCCUAUUAAAAUGGUCUUAGCUCAUGAUACUAGCAAUCUUAAGAUAAGAACUCAAGACAUCAAAAUCACACAGGAUGUUACAUUCAAUACUAUGUUAUUGUCGGAACCGACGUUGCGGGGCCUUACUAAUGCAGGUUUCUAUCGUCCGUCGCCCAUACAACUACAUGGGAUACCUUUAGGAAAAUGUGGCUUUGAUCUCCUUUUGGAAGCAAAGUCCGGAACAGGCAAAACUGCAGUCUUCUCUGUAAUAGCACUAGAAAAGUUGCAGUUAGAAAACAAUGUGCAAGCAGUGAUCCUAGCACCAACCAGAGAAAUAGCAGCUCAAAUUUGUGAUGUCCUAAAACAAAUUGGAAGUGAUUAUGAAGGGUUAUGUGUUGAAGUGGUCAUGGGAGGGCUCUCUGUUGAAGAAGAUAAAGCUAAGUUUAAAAACAAAAAAGUCCAUAUAGUAGUGGGAAGCCCUGGUCGCCUGCGGCAUCUCAUCCACGACGGGCACAUUGACACCUCCGCCGUGCGCCUCCUUGUUUUGGAUGAAGCUGACAAACUCAUGGAGAAGAGCUUCCAGCCAGACAUUAACUACAUCUUCUCAACAUUACCCAAUCAGAAACAAGUCAUUAUGAGCAGUGCAACAUACCCUGAAAACACUAAGACUUUCAUAAACCAGUAUGUCCAGAAUGCACAUCAUGUUUGUCCUGAUACAACCAGUAUUCUCUUAGGAAUAAAACAGAAAGUAACCCAUGUUCAAUACAACAGCAAUGUUCUUAGACAAACUCAAAUCAGAUACAAAGAGCUUUUAGAAAUACUAACAAAGAACAACUUUAAGCAGUGUCUUAUAUUUUGUAACUAUCAGGCAAGGGUAGCUGAGCUACAUAAAAUGCUGAAACGAGACAAGUGGCCUUCUGAACAAUUACACGGUAAUCAAGAUCAGGAGGACCGGCUGGGUGCCUUGAAGACUCUACAAGAGUACAAGUGCAGAAUACUCAUUGCAACAGAUUUGGCUGCAAGAGGUAUUGAUGCUUCAAAUGUUGAUCUUGUUAUAAAUUUUGAGCCACCAUAUGAUUGGCAAACUUAUUUACACAGAAUAGGCAGAGCUGGUAGGUUUGGUUCAUAUGGCUUAGCCAUCACAGUACUGAGUGAAGGAAAAGAGGAUGCUAAAUUUAAAGAAAUAUUAAGUAUUAUGAAGGAUUCCCUAACCCUGAGCAAUCUAUGGAGUGAUGACAGGUAUCAACUUGAUGAGACUACAGACAAAUCAUGCAAUGGUAGUAUUGAAAAGAAGACCUUUACUAAAACAGAAAAAGUUCAUGAAGUUGUAACUAAUUUAAAAGAGAUUACAAAAAACAUAUGGAAUGAAAUUAAUACAGCUUCUAAUGAGAAUAAAGAAAUUGAAAGUUUUGAAGAUCUGAUGAGAUCUUUCAAUGAGACAUCAAGUGUGGAAUCGUUUUCGGAUUUGCUUAAUUCUUAUGAAAGUAAUGAUUGUGAAGACAAAAUAGAAUGUGUAUUUAAAACUUUACAACCUAAAAAAAUGCCUUUGCACGAUUUUCUUAAUCAUUUGAAAAAUAACCUUGAAGUACCUAAUAAGGUAGAUGUUCCAUUGAGCCCAAAUAUGAUUCCAGAAAAAAAAACAUCAAUAAUUCAUCAUGAAAAUAAGAUACAUAACUUAAAUUCACAAACUGACUGUAAAAAGGAGCAAGUGAUUGAAGUUAAGAAGAGAAAAAGUAUCCUAAAGAAAACUUCAAUUAAUGAAUCUCCUACUGUUCAUAAUGUCAAAAAUAAACUUUGUACUGCAAAAAUAGAUGAUGAUAUUGAAUUGAUAGAUACAUUUGAUUACUCCGAAAUGACAAGACUAGGUCUUCCCACUUCAUUUUGCAGUACACGUGAUAAACACAAAGAAAGAAAAGAUACCUAUUGUAAAGAAGUAAACAAUAACUACCCCAGCCGAUCAGUCGUAAUGAAUGAUGAUGAUGAUGAUAGUAGCACUACUAGCAACAGUGUUCAUACCAGUAGCGAAUCAUUAAAUACUUACAGCGAAUUAGAUAACACGUCGACACAGACAGACAACAGAAUAAAACAGAAAAAUGUUAAAACAUAUAAAAAACACCACUCAGCAAGCAAAAAAUAUCAAUCUUCCAGUGAAAGCCAAGAUGGAACUGAAUCUUAUCAAUGUUUCAGAGAAAAUCCAAGACAUAAAAAUCAGAGUAAUAAUGUUAGAUAUUUUAACUGGUAUAACCAAUUAAAAAUGAGGACCAAGCAAAUAGAACUAGCGAUUUAUGUUGAGGAGUUAUCUAAUAUGUAACAGUGUAUUAUUUUGUGCAAUAUUGAUAUUUCUUUUAAAUAAAAUACCUACGAGAAAUACGAA